AUGGCGCUACUGGCAACAGAGGACGUAGAAAUGGGUGGUUUGAUUCCCCUUCUACCUCCCAGCAAGACAUUAUCAGCCCAAUACCAAGCGGAAAUGGAUCUCGUGCUCACAUCUUGGAAUGCGCUGGCCGAUUUCGGAAACCUCAUCUUACCGCCUGGCGAGCUUUCCGAUUCCGGAGGCUUUUGCCUGUCGACGGAUCAAUCUCGACUUGACAACGGAAUAAAUCAGUCAUGGAACCUGAUCGAUAUGGAAGCCGUUUCAUCGAUUGCUUCGACUGAUUGUUGGUCACCACUCUGGCACAAUUCGACGGGAGUGGCCAAUUUCGUCAACUUUUCACCUUUCCCUACUUCCCAUCAAUCCAUGUCGUUUCUGAGCCCCUCAUCAAAUUCCUUCGUGGGAUCACCCGCCAGCACAGCUUCAUUGCGCCGACCUCCAAUGGCUGCGCAAGAAUGGGAAGCUUACAAAGACGAUAUCUGGCGAUUGUACAUGGACAAAAGCCACACAUUGAAAGAUACCAUGCAAAUCAUGAGUGAACAGCAUAAUUUCAACGCGACUGAAAGGCAAUACAAGCGACAACUACUAGAGGAAUGGGGAUGGAGGAAGAACGAAACGAAGUCUGUUCGACAGCUUCGUCGCGACCACAAGAACUUGAAAUUGGCCAAGAAGAAGACAUGCCGAAAACCCCGCCAGGCUCCGAUCAAUAUUGGAUAUACGCUGAUGACUGUUGGGCGGCGAGGGCUAGAUGAAGAGCUGUUGCACUCGAUGAAAAUACUCAUCCUUAGUUCCAUGGAAGAAUGGAACUACCUGACACUUGCUGGCCGUUUACCAGUUGCCGGUAAAGGCCUCGAGUUCCAGAUGGCCCUGGGGUUGGAGUGCAUCACUCUUGGCGAUACAACAAAGGGAUUCGCUGCUGUGAGCUACAUGUUCCGGGCCCUCGAAGACCUUGUCAGGAAAAGCGAUAUCACCAUUUACGCGACCUUGCUUCUUGAAAUACCCUCUAAGCUCUUCGGUUUCAAGGAGGACCGUUCGAUACACAACGAAUAUUUCACUCACGUUCACGGUUUAUUGGAGGGGUGCGGCAAAGGCAAUAGUUCGAUCGCAAACACAGUGCGUCUGAUGCGUCAGCUCACGGAAAAGGACAUCGACCAAGCCCAGCGCUGCUUGCUACAACUCUACAGAGUCGCAUCCGAUGCCUUCAAGGAAUCUAAGGGACGCGACACAGUCGACAGCAUCGGACGGCGUAUUGAGGCAAUGAAGGCUAAUGGAUGCGCUCCGGACCCAUCAGAAGCGGAGUCGAUGAUGAUCGCACUCGACAACAUGCAGAUACUCGCCACCUCACAUGAGAAUCCGGAGUCGACGAAGAUUAUGGAGUAUAAGCUCAUGAAAAUUGAUCUCGCGCGAUCGAUGGGGGCUCGUAGCGACUUUGUGAGUCGUUGUAACGGGCUCUUGCAGGACAUCAUGUCUGAUGCUAUCGACAAUGAAUGGCGUACUUUGGAAGCCUGGCCGCUGUGGCUCUCUGGGAAGAUCAUGUUUCGGCUCAGCGAGUUCUCUAAAGAAUAUGGUGAUCAAGAAGCGUGGGCGGAGUAUCUGGGACAUUGUGUGAAGCGAUUUGUGUGUGCCAUAACAUUUGACGAGAUUUGGGGAGAAGUAUCAGAUGCGCGGGUGAUGCUCUGCCGUCAUCAACUGGUCGAAUACUCGACACAGAUCGGACAGAUGAACACGAAAGUGGUUGACAGGCAUCGCCGGUUUAUCGAAAGCUCGGCAUUCUGGGAAGCGGCCAUGCGAGAAGAUAUGGAUGCGGUUGGCGAGAUCUACAUGUAG